AUGGUGCUACCUGGCAACCUGUUGAACAGCACCGCCGCCAUCGCCCUGCAUGUUGCAUCCACGGACGAGCAGUAUCUAUUGAGCCUAUGCCUCUCGCCAGAGGGUGUCUCGUCAUGUACGACCAUGUCAUAUGCGAACAAGGCUGCACAGCUUGAUCCCGCGACAUUAGCCUUGGACACGGGACCAAGCUAA